CCAAAGCAGGGUGUGUCUCUCUGCUCAGACCCGAGGGCAGGGCCUUGCCUCCCCACUCAGACCCAAGGCAGGGUGUGUCUCCCCCUUCAGACCCACAGCCACCUCACCUCAGGCUGAAUCACUGUGAGCGGGUGUCAGCAGGGCUGUGGGGGUGGUUGAGCAAGUCCCUGCUUUUGUGGGUCCCGCAGCUCUGCUCCCAGCAGGGUGAGCUCAGGGGCGGGAGAGGCAAUCAGGACUCCCAGGACCAGGGCCGGCCCCGAACCCCUACCAGCCUGUCCCUGGGUGUCCCUCUCCCUGGAGGUGCGUGUCCUCCCGAGGGCGGAAAGUCAGUCUCAGGCCACCUCUCCGGGCCUCAGUUUCCCCUUCUGUAAAGGAGCAUAAUGCAUCAGGCUCUAUUGAGAAGGUAAAGUCUGAUGAGUCAGUCCUCAAGGGCGUUCGAGCACUUGACAUUUAUUAAGCACCCUGCUGUGUGCGGAGCAUGCUUGGGGCAUUUGGGGAGACCUCAGUGGUGCAGACGGGUCUUUGGGGGUGAUCGGGGCUGGCGGGGAGGAGGAGUCGUCCUGCUGGAGAGGGUUGGCUGUCCCAUGUGGGGGCCCAUUGCCCCUCAGUGACUGACAGCUCCGAGUCCCUGCGUGUCUUCCGCUUUCCAGGACAGGAAGGGGGCCGCAGGGGCAGGGGUGGGGGCCUGACAGCCAGGGCAGCCCCAGCGCGUUGCCUCCGGGAGCCGGGGUGGGGGCCGACCGUUGGGGUGCCCCUCCCUGCCCUCGGCCUUACCUCCACCCCGGAGGGUACCUUGAACAUAACAGGAAAUUUCAAAUAACAGGAAACCAAGACCAGCGAGGCAGGCGGCUCCACCCUCCCCCAGGGCCUCAGUCAGCCCCGGGGGGAGGCCAUGAACGCCACGGGGACCCCGGCGGCCCCCGAGUCCUGCCAACAGCUGGCGGCCGGCGGGCACAGCCGGCUCAUCGUCCUGCACUACAACCACUCGGGCCGGCUGGCCGGGCGCGGGGGGCCGGAGGACGGCGGCCUGGGGGCGCUGCGGGGGCUGUCGGUGGCCGCCGGCUGCCUGGUGGUGCUGGAGAACCUGCUGGUGCUGGCGGCCAUCGCGAGCCACAUGCGUUCCCGGCGCUGGGUGUACUACUGCCUGGUGAACAUCACGCUCAGCGACCUGCUGACCGGCGCGGCCUACCUGGCCAACGUGCUGCUGUCGGGUCCCCGCACCUUCCGCCUGUCACCUGUGCACUGGUUCCUGCGCGAGGGGCUGCUCUUCACCGCGCUGGCCGCGUCCACCUUCAGCCUGCUGUUCACCGCCGGGGAGCGCUUCGCCACCAUGGUGCGGCCGGUGGCCGAGAGCGGGGCCACCAAGACGGGCCGCGUGUACGGCUUCAUCGGCCUGUGCUGGCUGCUGGCCGCGCUGCUGGGGCUGCUGCCCUUGCUGGGCUGGAACUGCCUGUGCGCCUUCCAGCGCUGCUCCAGCCUCCUGCCGCUCUACUCCAAGCGCUACAUCCUCUUCUGCCUGGUCAUCUUCGCGGGUGUCCUGGCCACCAUCAUGGCCCUGUACGGGGCCAUCUUCCGCCUGGUGCAGGCCAGCGGGCAGAAAGCCCCGCGCCCCGCCGCCCGCCGCAAAGCCCGCCGCCUGCUCAAGACGGUGCUGCUCAUCCUGCUGGCCUUCCUGGUGUGCUGGGGCCCCCUCUUCGGGCUGCUGCUGGCCGACGUCUUCGGCUCCAACCUCUGGGCCCAGGAGUACCUGCGGGGCAUGGACUGGAUCCUGGCGCUGGCCGUCCUCAACUCUGCGGUCAACCCGGUCAUCUACUCCUUCCGCAGCAGGGAGGUGUGCCAGGCGGUGCUCAGCUUCCUCUGCUGCGGGUGUCUCCGGCUGGGCGUGCGUGGCCCCGGGGAUUGCCUGGCCCGGGCCGUCGAGGCUCACUCCGGAGCCUCCACCACCGACAGCUCGCUCAGGCCGAGGGACAGCUUUCGGGGCUCCCGGUCGCUCAGCUUUCGGAUGCGGGAGCCCCUAUCCAGCAUCUCCAGCGUGCGGAGCAUCUGAGCUUGCAGCCUUGUGGACGGACGGGGCAGCCGCCGGUGUGUGCCAGGCAGGCCCUCCUGGGGGGCAGGAAGCUGUGUGCAGGCAGCCUCGCCUGCAUGGGGAGCAGAGGACCGGGCAGGCCCCCCUGGCCUUCCCGGUGGCCCGUAAGGGCUUCUGACGCUGAGUGGGCUUCCUGUGGUCACCCUGGACAAGGAGGCAACCACCCCCCGCUCCCCGUAGGAGCAGAGAGCGCCCCGAUGUGGGGGCGAGUGGGUUCCCCACGCCCCCGCUUCUGGGUGAUCCUGGGGAAGUCCCGGCCCCUCCUUGGGCCUCAGUAGGGCUCCCAGACUGCGAGGGGUGCCCGUGGGGUGCGUGCCCUGGCAACAUUGAAGUUCCAUCAUGGUA